CUUUUUUUUUCCUCCUCUCAACGCGCACAAAUGCUACCGUGAAUAUUUGACAAGUUGCUACCGACUCCCCGGGUGGAAGAAUCGAGCACAAUGGGACUAUGGUGGCGUGGUACUUUUUCUCUUUCGUUUGCCCUGCUCCUGCACGCCUUUCACGCCAAGUUUGAGGUGCAAGCGGGAAUAAGUUUUACAGCGGACAGGCGGUUUUACCGGCUGGAGUCUCGCGUUGGCCGGGACGAAGCGUACGCGGGAGUCUCGAUUCAACUUUUGGACGACAACUCCGAGCCAAAGUGGCGUGAAAAGACAUGGCUCGCGACCGGGCCACCGAAAACGGAGCCAAUCGAAGGAAAGGCGUUUUUUGAGAGAAAACAUGUGCAUCGAAGGAGCGUCCGAGGGGCUCCCAGCUACAGAACCGAAUACCGGCGCGCGGGCGAGGAAGCCAAAGGUGCUCACCCGAGGCAAAGUGAUCCCCACCUGGACACUUCCACCUUCGCUCUGUCGGGAGAUUCUGCACACAACCAGGCGAUGGUGCACUGGUCCGGACACAACAGCAGCGUGAUCCUCAUCCUGACGAAGCUGUACGACUUCAACCUGGGCGCCGUUACCGAAAGCUCUCUGUGGAGGUCCAGCGACUAUGGGAGCACCUACACGAAGCUCAACGACAAAGUGGGCUCGAGGACCGUGCUGAGUUACCUUUACGUGUGCCCCACCAACAAACAGAAGAUAAUGAUGCUGAGCGACCCGGAGGUGGAGAGCGCCGUUCUGAUCAGCUCGGACGAGGGGGCGAGCUUCGAGAAGCAUCCCAUUAGCUUCAAUGUUCUCAGCCUCCUCUUCCACCCGGCGCAGGAGAACUGGAUCCUGGCCUACAGCCACGACGGCAAGCUGUACAGCUCCAUGGACUUCGGGAAGAGAUGGCAGCUCGUGCACGACAACGUGAUGCCGGGUCGAUUCUACUGGGCUGUAAUGGGCUUGGACAGAGAGUCGGACGCGGUUCACAUCGAGACGCGGGUCGCCAAAGGCCGUGCUCAGUACGUGAAGUGCAGAGCCCAGCGGUGCACGGAGGCCAACAGGCAGUACCUCUUCCCGGGACACGUGGACACCAAUUCGCUGGUCGUGCAGGAUGAAUACGUUUUCACUCAGGUAACCAAGUCGGGACGAGCCAGCUACUUUGUGUCUUACAUGAGAGAAGCGUUCAAGCGCAUGCAGUUACCCAAGUAUUGUUUGCCCAAGGACAUGCAUAUCAUCAGCACAGAUGAGAAGCAGGUGUUUGCCGCCGUCCAGGAAUGGAACCAGAACCACACCUACAGCCUGUACAUCUCCGACUCGCCCGGCGUCUACUUCACUCUCUCGCUGGAAAACCUCAGGACCACCAGGGGACCCACCGGUAACCUGCUGGUCGACUUCUACACGGUGGAGGGCAUCAACGGCAUGUAUCUGGCCAACAAGCUGGUGGACCACCGCGUCAAGACCUUCAUCACCUUCAACAAAGGACAAACGUGGGCCCUGCUGCCGGCGCCCGCCGCCGACGUGGCCGGGAGCAACAUCCACUGCGUUCGGCCUUUCUGUUCGCUGCAUCUUCACCUCGAGAUGUCUGAGAAUCCCUACACGUCCGGACCCAUCACCAGCAAAAAGUCCGUCCCAGGCAUCAUCGUUGCGACAGGUAAUAUUGGAACGGAAUUGUCCUCCACCAACCUUGGCAUGUUCAUAACGUCCGAUGCAGGAAAUAGCUGGCGUCAGAUAUUUGAUGAAGAGCACAACAUUUGGUUCCUGGACAACGGAGGAGCUUUGCUGGCCGUGCUGCGCGCGCCCACGCCGAUUCGACACUUGUGGAUCAGUCUGGAUGAAGGCAAGAAGUGGGACCGUCACACGUUCUCCCUGGCGCCUUUCUACGUGGACGGAGUCCUGAUGGAGUCGGAAUCGGACAAUCACAUUAUCACUUUCUUUGGACACUUCAGCCAUCGGUCCGAGUGGCAGCUGAUGAAAAUCGACUACAAGGGCCUGUUCAGUCAGAGAUGCAUGGACGGAGACUAUCAGACGUGGACUCUGCACAACAAGGGUGAGCUGUGCGUGAUGGGCGAGAAGCAGAUUUUCAUGAAGCGCAGGCCCGGAAACCCCUGCAUGCUGUCCCAGGACUAUUCCAGGAUCUAUUCAUCCGAGCCAUGCCAAUGCACCGCCUACGACUUUGAAUGCGACUACGGCUGGGAACGUCGCAGCGAUGGGAAGUGCUCCCCUGCUUUUUGGUUCGAUCCCAAUGGGGUGGCCAAAAGUUGCAGCGCGGGCCAGAGUUUCCUCAACAGCACCGGGUAUCGCAAGGUUUUGUCCAAUAAUUGCAAAGAGGUCGGGACGAACGUGUACUCGCCCAGGCGCCAGGGAUGUCGCCCUAGACCGCCCCGAGGCCUCCGCUUGACCACCGGCAGCGGCGAGCUAAGCGCCCUCGUCGGAAGCAACGUGACGUUCGUGGUGCAUCUGCAAGACGGAGACUCGCUGAGGACCAGCGUCCAGCUCGACUUCGGCGACGGCAUCCGAAUCACUUACGCCAACCUGAGCCGGGCCGACGACGGCAUCCAGCACGCCUAUCGAGCCACGGGGAUUUACCGCGUGACGGCGGCGGCCGAGAACAGUCUGGGAUCCGACAGCUGUGUGCUCUAUCUGCACAUCAUCAGUACGCCAAGACCAAAUACUCACACAUUGUCUCGUCUGAUUUUUAUUUAUUCAUGGGGGUCUUUCAGGACUUGGCAAGUAGCCGCAGCGCGCCGUGAGAUGCCACCACGUAGCUCCGCCCCUGUAUGUAUGAAGUAUCUUUCCGUUCUGUCGUUUUUAACGCAGCCGAUUGUCACGCUGGAUGGGAGUAUCUCGUACACAUUUCAGAAGGAAGGAACAAAUAAGGUCACGGUCCAGGUGGCUUCUGGGAGCGCGGUGAUGCAGGAUUCCAGGGAUAUAACAGUUAAAGAGUUUUUCAGGUCGCUGCUGUUGUCCUUUUCGCCGACGCUUGACGAGCACAAUCCUGACAUCCCCGAGUGGCGGGAGGACAUAGGCCGCGUGGUGCAGACAGCCCUGUCACGGGUUUCCGGUGUUCCCGCCAGUCAGCUGCUGGUGUCGUUGUACCCGGGACUCCCGACCACGGCGGAGCUCUUCAUCCUGCCCGAUGUGAUCACGCCAAAUGAGCACAAGAGGCAAACGCCGGAGGAACUGCAGAUGAUAUCUGACGUUUUCGUCGCCCUCCUCAACCAAGGCCGUGUCCACUUUGAGCUGAAGGUUGACACUCGCAUCGCCGUCCACAUCACUCAGCAAACUCUGGCGCCACUGGUGGAUUCGACCGCCCUUCACAGCGGGUCGGCCAUGUUGGUGCUGAUCUCGGUGGUGUUUGUGGGUUUAGCCGCAUUCUUUAUCUACAAGUUCAAAAGGAAAAUCCCUUGGAUCCACGUGGAGACGGAGGACAGUCGUGAGAAGGAACCCGAGGUGAUCAGCACGGUCAGUCAGAAGGACGACAUGUCCAAGGUCAACCUCGCCGACUUUCCCUCAGAGAAGGACUUCAUGGAAAAGGAGCUGGAUACCAGGAAACGAGCGUCACUGGGGAGGAAUAUGGAUCGAAUUGUCACCAGGGAAUAUCCAAACUGUACAAACGUCUAAAGACACGCACACUGUUACCCAGUAAGUACACAAUGUCGUCGUUUCAAUUGUGCUGCGAUGGUUGGCUUUGUUAGCUUCUCUUUUUCAGAAUAGUUCUUUCAUGCCGAUGGUCGCUCUCGUUUCCCCCAAGUCAUGUUUUCACACUCAAGAGUUGAGUAGCUACUUUACAAUACUUUCGGAAAAGUGAGGAUUGGUUUGCCGAGCUCGACUGUAACGAAGUGUUUCAGGGAAACAUGAGGGAUUUAGUAGGAAAUGGUGUGGAAAAAUAAAAUAAAAUCUCACUCUAGAUUGGGUGUUAAACUGGACGACUGCACAAACAUGGCAAGAUGAAAAUCUUUAUUGGGCCAAAAAGCACACGGCAGUGAACCCGUUACUUGCGUUUGACAGAAACCAUAUAAAAAAUAUAUUUUUUAAAAUAUGUAGUUUUGCCCUGCCCAUAUGCAAUCACCAGAUUUCAAGUUGUGAAAUGUGUCUGGAUUUUCAAAAAGUAGUUCUCCUACGCACCUGCUGCCACUCUCGCUGUCGAGAAACACCACUUUGAGAUGCUACGCUAGCUAACGGAAAACGCUUUGUCACUCCCAGCUGAAGUUUAACUGGCACAUAAAUCACAAGAGAAUCAAACAUUGUCAAUUGAAGCACCAACGCUUUCAAACAAAUCAUCAAUUUGUGUCUAGCGAUACGCUGCUAGCUUAAAGCUAACAUCAAGAGACUAAGUUCUGUAGAUGAGAUAUACCAUUAAAAUGUUGAUUACUUUUCUGUCAACUAGUCCAUUUCUCGUGCCUAAAUCCGCAUAGGAAUGCGUUCUUUCCAUCUGCUCUCAA